UUUCAAAGUUGUGCAGAAUAUUAUUGUUGACCGUUGGAACAAGAUGACCAAUCCCUUACAUCUCUUAGCAUUUGCUUUGACACCAAAAUUUUAUAGUGCAGAGAUGCUUGCAACACCAAGGAGGGUACCACCAUAUAGAGAUGCAGAGGUUGCUUCUGGCUAUAGAGCUGCCUUUAAAAAGAUAUAUCAAGAUGAGGAGACAAGAAAUGUUGUCAUGAAGGAGUUUGGCCAAUUUUUAUCCACAAAAAAUCAUGAUGUUGUAGCUCUCAAUGCUAGAUAUGGGAUGGAUGUUGAUGAGUGGUGGUAUGUACAUGGUCAAGGCUCCGUUUACUUGCAGCCUCUUGCAAUUAAACUUCUCUCCCAAGUUGCAAGUUCUUCUUCAGCUGAGCGGAAUUGGAGUACAUACUCCUUCAUCCACUCAGUCAAACGUAAUCGUUUGGGUGCAAAGAGAGCUGAGGAUUUGGUCUACGUACACUCCAACCUUCGUUUGUUGUCACAUAAGGACCUUGAAUAUAAUGUGGGUGCAACAAGGAAUUGGGAUCUAGCCCUUGAGUGUGCUGAUUUAGAUGCUACAGUUGCACAACUUGCCCAACUCUCUAUAGACGAGGCAGCUAUGGAACUUGAGAGAGACUUGGCUAGUGGGUGUGACAUUCCAUUCGAUAGUGGUUCAAUUGAUGUUGGAUUUGAACCACUUGAUGACCUUGGGCUUGGGUUGGAUGGUUCAGAUGAAGAUGAAUAUGGAAUUUAAAUCCCAUAGAUGGCUUGUAAUUUGAAUUUUUAUUGUGUCAUGACAUAUUCACAUUUUGAAACUUGAAUCAGUUGAAACUUGA